AUGACCUACGAAGAGAAUCGAUAUUGGAAGAACGUGCUGACGGUCGUGCCCAUCGUGGGUGCGGCGCUGGCCACUCUUUCCUAUGCUCUGCGUGUGUUUUCGCGGAGAUUCACCACGACAGGUCUCAAGGUGGAGGACCUGUUGAUGGGCAUUGGCUUGCUGAUCUCCUACUGUGCCACUGCCUUUGUUGUCUACACGGCCUUCAAUGGAGUCGGUAUUUCGGUCAAGGAGCUUCCCCCGGAUGAACGACAACGAAUUCAGUUUGGAUCAUGGAUGAUUCAGAAAUUCUGGGCGCCGUCGAUGGCCUUCAUCAAAAUUUCGAUUAUUGUGUUCCUAAAACGUCUGCUGGGCACCCUCCGAACGUAUUCGAUUAUUUCCAACUGCCUGAUGGUGUUCAUCGCAAUCUGGGCCAUCGUGGCCUUGCUGGUGAACAUCUUCCAGUGCACUCCGCCUCAAUACUACUAUGAUAAAACGCUGAACGGACACUGUAUGGGCGGACAGCGCGCGUUCUUCCAGUCCAUGGGAUCGAUCGCGCUGAUCGAGGAUGUCAUUGUCCUCUGCUUGCCCAUCCCGGUGGUUUGGAACCUACAGAUCACCUUCCGACAGAAGAUCGCCAUUACCAUUGUGUUCUCGCUUGGUGGAUUGGUAUGUAUCUUCAGUCUGAUGCGUCUCAUCGAAUUCCGCAAUUUCGUCGUCACCGAUCUGGCCUCCUCGAGUGCCAAAGAGUCCGUCUGGACAUGUCUGGAAAUCGACGUCGCCAUCAUCUGCGGUUGUCUACCGCUCAUGAAACCGCUGGUGCAAGGAUUCCUGGGGAAAGUCAAGAGCGGCGUGUCCAAGGGCCGAUCUCAUCCGUCGUCGGGCACGAAACUAUACGGAUUCCAUUCCACUGUCAACACGCACAACGACGGGUUCCAGAAAAUCCACGACCCGCACGGGCUGUCGCAGGCGUCCAAAUCUCCGAACAUCCAGGCCAGCUCGGGUCGCAGGAGCUCGGACUUGGAGAUGCAGGCCAUCGCCGUGCACACGACCAUCCAACAGGACACGGACAGUCGGUCGGACCUGAACAAUGCGGACGCGGUGUCCAGCCAUGUUUGGCCGAGAUAAACGCAUAAAAUUUGUACAGAGUUAGUAAUGAUUAAUAGAGGUAAUUAGACGGUUCAGCGCAUGGUUUCAAACUCCUGCAGGGCCAUCGCCCUUCAUUUCCCUCGUUUUCCGGCCAAUGAGCCCGACAGCUUCGAGCCGGAACGUGGCCGGAAGGGCAUUUGGCAAUUUCCCAGAUAUCCAUCGAGAGUAGUCGAUGGCCAGACUGUCUUGGCGCCGAGUCCGGGUGUGGCAGAGAGACAAGGCUUCAUCGGUAGUUG